AUGAGUGAUCGAUUGACAGUAUUCACACAUUUAGAGGAUUUGAAUAGCAGCUUAUCGACAUCUGUCAUCAAAAUACUAGCUCUAUUUGUUGUAACUGUCAACGAGACAACAACCGUUCUCGAGCAUCAUGAAUUUCAUUUCACUCCAGCACUUCACAAUCUUGAUGAGAAACAUAAAUUAUAUUUUGUCUAUCCAAGACCUCAUCAGCUACGGUCAAACAUAAAUAAAUAUGCAAUUCACUUCGAAGCAUAUCAACUCAAUGAUGAUAUGACAAUUGAAUUUUUAGCAGUCUGGAUAUAUCCAGUUCCAUUUAACUUUUUACCAUCACAACGCCUCGCUAAAGUAUUGAAAUACACUAAACGACCACAACUUCAAGCAAAUCACACGUGCUUGUCCAAUAAUAAUCCAUGCUUAAAUGGAGGAAAAUGUCGUCCAAUUAUGAAUAAAGUUAAUGAUACUCAAUCAUAUUGGUGUGAAUGUAGAAAUGGAUCAUAUGGGUCUAAUUGUGAAUCCAAAGACCAAUCGUGUGGUACAGAUUCAAGAAAAAUGUGA